AUGGAAGGAAUUAUGAAAACAGAAGAAGAAGAAAACAUGCAAAUAGAAGAGUCGAAAAAAAGAAGACAAGAAGAAGAAGAACCGGAAAAAAAAAUAGAAUCGAAAGAAAGAAAUGUAAAAGAACCAAUUCGACAAACUGAAAGUGAGAGAAAGGGAGAUGAACAAGAAGAAGAAGAAGAAAGUAUAGUAAUCUCAGGCCCAGGUGCAAGCUCAUAUGACUGGCUUAAAGAGAAAGAAAUUGAAGUGAAAAAAACCAAAAAAGAUAAAGAAGCACUAAUAGAAAGAAUUGCGAGAGAUGAGAUUAAAAGCAUUAGAAAAGAGAUACAAGAAAUCGGAAAAAGAAACCAACAAAACUCAGUAGCAGAGAUAGCAUAA